AUGUUCAAAAAGCUUAAAGAUAAGUUAGCUGAGGAGGUGAAAUCAUCGCCUCAAAGGAUUCAACAAUUUGCUCAAGCUGCUCAGGCUGUUGUUACAUCAGCAUCUAGCAGCAUUACUGAUAUUACAAAUAAUGACCUGUUUUCCAUUGGAGAUAAUGAUAGUACCAACAGAAGUCCAGAAUCAUCUAAUAGCAGUAAAAUAAAUACAAUUCAUGAGGUAUCUCUUGAGGUACAGCAAGGAUCCUUGCUUUCUGGGUCUGAAAUACCAAACACUUCAUUCAGUCAUGAGGAAACUACAAGGCAAAGAAGAUUGUCUAACAGCUCAUUUGCAAGUGAUAUAUCAUUUAGAUUACCAACAUAUGAGAGUCCUUCUAUGUACCAUCUUCAGUCUGACAUGGAUGUUUCUGCUAGUGAAGCAGAAGAAAAGGGUUUUAGUGGAGGCACAGUAAAUUUAGACAGAGUCACAAAAGACCAGCUAUAUGCUGCUUACAAAAGAACGCAAGAUCGCUGCAGAAAAUAUAAAACCCAAUAUGCCGAUUUAGCCCGACAUUAUAAACUGCUAGAGAGAGAAAACGCAAAAGCAAGGAAUGUUUUAGUUGAAACUCAAGACAAGGCUUUGAGGAGAAUAUCAGAGCUAAGAGAGCAAUGUACAUUGGAACAAGGUGCAAAGGCCCAUCUUGAAAAAGCUAUGCGUGAUGAAAUAGAAGAAAAAAAUAUAAAAAUAGACACAUUAAAUACCAAACUUAAGCUUAUACAAAACAACACAAAACUUGAUAAUGAUAUAUUAGAUCCGGUUAGCAAAAAAAAUAAUGAAAGUGAUGAUCACUCACAAUUAAUUGAUUUAACUAUUGAAGAAAAGCAAGAAAAUAAGAACGAAUCAAUAAUAACGUCAGAAGUUUCUAUUCUUAAUAAUAAAAUAUCGAAAAUGGAAGAGUUAUUGAACAAAUAUAAAGAGUCUCUCAAGAUAUGUAAAGAAAAGAAUGCACAAAUAAUGGCUGAGCAACAAAUUUUGUCUGCUGAUUUAGAAAGUAAAAAAAAAGAAAUUGAUCAGUUGAAAGCUAGGGAGGAAGAAUAUGCUAUUUCAUUAGCAGAAAAUAAAUUAAGCAUACAUAAAGAGCUUGAGAAUAAAGAAGCUGAAAUAAAAUCUCUUAAAGACAAUUUGACUAGUGCUCAAAAUGAAAUUCAGUCUUUGAAUAUUGUUAUAAGUGAUUAUAAAAAAAAUCAUUCUCUAUUAGAAGAGGAGCGAUCCAGAUUUAAUAACAAUGUAAAUGAAUAUAAUUUGGCUAAAAUCAAAAUAAAACAAUUAGAACAGCAAUUAGACGAUUCAACAAAAAAAUAUCAGUUGCUAGAAAGUUCUAAAUUAAAAUUAGAUGAAGAAUAUAAAUGUUUACAGUUACAAUUAAAGCAAGAGACUGCAGAGAAACUUGCAAUGAUAGAUAGAAAUCUCUAUUUAGAAAAUAGAAACACUCAGCUUUCUGAGGAAAGUUUAAAAAAAAGUUCACAAAUUAAUAAAUUAGAAAGUGAAAUUAAGUUACUUUUGAAUAACAAAGAAUCCCAAAAUGUUUCUAUGUUAGAUAAUCACAGUGAAAAUCCAGAAAUAAAAGAUGAAGUGAACACCUGGAAAACAAAAUAUAUGCAGUUGGAGUCUGAAAUACAAGAAAAGCGCGAGGAAUUAUUGGAAAUACAAAAAAAUAUUGAAAAGCUUCUUUGUGAUCAUGAAUCACUACAGAAUGAAAACCUCCAAUUACAUACACAAUUGUCAGAUUUGGAUUCUAAAAAUAACAUGCUAGAAGAACAAUAUCAACAAAUGAAAUCAUUUUAUAAUAGCAUAUUGAAUAAAGUAAAGGUUUUUCGAGAAAAUGUCCAUUCCAUAAGACAAGAAACAAAAUUGUCUGUUGACGAAGUUAGUUAUGAUAUAAAUGAGACUUUUAAGGAAGGACUUAAAACAUUAAUAAGUAUAACACUAAAUAAAAGUAACGAACAUUGCAGUCAACUGAAAUAUAAUAAUGAGCUAUUAACAAAACAAUUAAAUGAUGUUACUUCAAGUCUACAAUUGAAAAUAAAUGAAUUUGAUGAUCUACAAAUAAAAUUGCAACAAGAAAUAAUAGAACAUGAUAAAAUAAAACAAACAUUAGAGAACAAUCUAGAGCAACAUAAUCUUUUGUUGGAAAAAAUGUUUGAUUUAAAGAAUGAAAAUAAAAAUUUAAACGAUUCACUACAAUUUGUAACCAAUGAAAAAACCACAUUAGCUGAAAAACUUAAGCAUAAAGAAGAAGAAAAUACAGAAUUAUACCAAAAAAUCAAGGAUUUGGAAGCAAAAAUAAAAUUAAAUGUAACUUCUGAAUUAAAUUGUAUUAAAAUGUCAAAAGAAAUCGAGGAAUUAUUGGAUAAAUUGAAAAUAUGUGAAGAAGUAAAACUAACAACAGACAAGGAAUUGCAUAUCUUAAAACUAAAGAUUGAAGAAUAUGAACAAGAUAAAAUUAGUUUAGAAAGGGAAAACACGCAAUUACUUGAAAAUAAUAAACUAAUUGAAAACGCAAAUGGUGAUCUUCAUAUACAAAUAAAAAAUUUAACAACGAAAAUGAACGAUAAUGAAGAGUUGUCUGUUCAACUAAGAAGAGAAAAUGAAAAAAUGCUUAAUGAAGUAAAACAUUUAGAAAAACUAAAUUGUGAAUCUGCAGUGCAAUAUCAAAAUUUGAUUGACAAAAUUAAAGAUAUAGAAAUAAAAACCCGUGAAAUGAAUAAGGAACGAAGCACUUUAGAAGAUAAAAUAAUUUUAAUUGAAGAUGCUAAAGCUGCAAUAGAAACCGAUUACAAAACUUUACAAAACCAAAUAUGCCAAUUAAAAACAAAAAAUAACUUACUAGAAACUGAGAAUCAAGAGCUAAAUAGUAAAAUUAAAAUAAUGACAGAAGAGAGCUCUGAAAAUGAAACAAUUCUUAAUGAAUUAAACAAAAUUAAAGACAGCAAUGUAUACUUGCAAGAAAAAGUGAAUAUUAUAAAGACACAAAAAGAGCAUGACUUAAACCACAUUGAAGCUUUACAGCAAGAAAAUGUAGAUUUAAAGAAAAAAGUAGAUGAUCACGAAGUAAAUAUUUUACGUACACAAGAGCUAGAAAAAGAAUUAAUAUUAUUAAGAAAAGAAAAUGAAACUCUUAAAAUUCAAUUGGAAACUAAUUUAAGCAAUAUAAACAUAUUUGAAAACGAAAUGAAACAGAUACGUGAUUCACAUAGUGAGAUUGAAAAGGAGAACAAUAGUUUGAAUUCUAUAAUAGAAAAAAAAGAAAGUGACAGAGCGACUGAGGAAAAAAUAACAACAGAUAGUAGUGUUCAAACUAACAACGUUGAGUUACAUUAUAAAAUUGAUCCAGAUAAUUUAGAAACUAGUUCUAUAAAUCAUGAUUAUACAUUACUCAAAGAAGAAAACAGACGCCUACGUUCUGACAUUGAAGGGCUACAAACAUACUUAGCGAAAAUUUCAAAAGAUAAUAGCCUUUUAAAUGAUAAGUUGAGAGAAGUUAUUACGUCAAAUGACAUUUUCGCAGAUCAAAGUGAGGUAUCACAGUAUGACAUAGAAACACUUAAAAAUGAAAUUCAGUCCGGAAAAGAUAAAAUAGACAAUUUAAUAAGAGAACAUACAUUACUAGUAGAAGAAAAUUUGGAACUGAAAGAUCAAAUUAAUUUUCAAAGUACUCAUAAACCAUCCUCACUUCUUGAGCCGACCGAGGGUAAUGAGAAUAUUGUCAAUAUUAAGAAAAUGUAUGACAGUGCUGUAGAUAGUAAAAAGAAUCUAGAAAUAAGAGUUAAAGAAUUGGAACAUAUGAAUUUGUCAAUAAAUAAUAAUAUGCAAGAAAUGCAAGUUAAUAAUGAAAAAUUAAGGCUCUCAAAUGAAAAACUAGGAAGGAGUUUGGAUGAAGCUCUGGUUAGCUUAAGACAUUUACAUUCACUACAAGAAAAUACAGAAUUAGAAUAUUUACGAAAUAUUCUUUAUGAAUAUUUAACUGGUUCUGGAACACAUUCCUUAACUUUAGCAAAAGUGUUAGCAGCCGUAGUUAAGUUUAAUGAUUCGCAAACUGAACUUGUCCUGCAAAAAGAAAGAGAAAGACAAGGAAUACUACGACAACUUGGUAUCAUUUGA